AUGGCGCUUCUGUUGACGCUGCUGGCAGCGGCCGAAGGCCGAAAGUACACGGCGCGCGUGGUGGCUGGAAACCCUGAGGUCGCCCCCAGCUGCGGCUCGGGAUGCGACACCUCCAUGCCGCCGUGCCUGGUGGAGACGAUGGCCAAGCCCAUCGCGGCCGCCGGGGCGGAGGGGGUGGACAUCUUGGUGUUCCCGGAGGCAUACUUUGGGGACGCAGACCUCAUGUGGUCCUGUGCUCCUCCAGCGGACUCUGAUUUGCUACCACCUGUGGGCAGCCAGCUGUGCAGGCAUGACAAGUGGUGGGGCAGAUUGGGCUGCCUGGCGCAGCAGCAUGAGGUGCUGGUCGUGGUGGGGCUCUAUGACUGGGGUCCCUGCUUCGUGACCCCCGAGCCCUUCAUCCACCGGGCCUUCCCCUGCCGCGGCAACCUGACGAUCUUCAACAAGGCGCUGGCGGUGGGCGCCGACGGCAGGCUCCUGGCAGUGCACCACAAGCACCACCUGGCCCAUUCGCUCUUCGCCAAAGACCACAUCAGCGUGAAGCGAGGGCCGUUGGUCGUGAACCCCAGCCCUCUGGGACUGCUCAAUGAUGAUGUGGGCGCGCCAUGGCCCGUGCCAGAUGUCACGAUCUUCACCUCCCACUUCGGAGUGAAGUUCGGGAUUCUGAUCUGCCAUGAGCUCAACUUUGCCUCACCCCUGCUUUCCAUGAUGAAGGAAGGCGUGCGGGAUGUGAUCUUCCCCACCCAGUGGGGCGGCUUCGGCGGCGGUUUCGCUGCCACCCAGAGCGGCUUCGCACUGGCGCACGGGGUGAACCUCCUGUCCGCCAACGGCCUCAACGGGGGCUCCGGGAUUUGGCCUGCGCAGGCGGAUGUGGCUCCGGUGCAAUUUCCGGUGCGAGCUGACACCCCCACGGAGUUCACUCCUUUGUGGUUUGGCACCAUGACCCUGGUCAGCCCGGCCAUGGUGCGGUUGCCACUGGUGGCGGCGCCGGCGCCGGUAUACCCGAUGAGGUCCAGGACGCUUUUGCUGGACGCGGCAAACCUGAAACGCACCGAGCUGGUCCUGGAUGAUGUGCGCUGCCAGCUUGACCCAGACUCAACCGAGGGGAAGGAGACGUCCAGCGGUCGCUUUUUACUGGGCGCCAGCGCGGGCAUCGGCGCGGUGGGUCUCUUCGAAGCCUCCUGCUGGCUGAUGAGCUGCGAGGUGUUGCUCAGCCUCGAGACCUCCGCCCUCAAGCCGGAUCUCGCAGUGAUCCUCCAGUGGCCGCAUACCCAGGAGGACCUGCGGAAGUGCCGCCAGAGCCCAGAGCCCCUGAUCUUCGAAACGGCCCCGCGCUUGUCGAUCGAAGCGCACAGAAGCAACUUCUUUCUGCCGCUGGGCCAGUGCAACAACGGCUCGGUGCCAUUGCCCCGGCCAAGAGCAUUGCUGGAGGGGCGGUGGCGUGGCUUGGAGCUGCCCACGUGCCCUCUGACCCUGGCGGGGCUGCGCUCCAUGGCGCAGUCGGAGUUUGAGGAGCCCUCCUGCCCCGAAGGCUUCUGUCCCAGCCCCUCGCCCUGCAAUGACACGUCCUGGGAGAUGAACUACAUGAAUUGGUGCGAGCUCGUGCCCCACACCGGGCCCAGUCCGGAGACGGAGGUCAACAGCCUCGUUGUGUGA